AGACCGUCGUUACCCUUCAACCCAACUACAACCUUCGCUGUAACAUUUUCGCAGCCUUAAUUAUGCAGAAUAAAAAGAACAGCUGAGGUGUGUGUACGUGUUGGUGCCACGCAAGUUUCUUGCCCAUUAUCCCUGCAGCAUACGGCAUAGCGAUAUUAAUCGAGAAUUUAAGUCUGUGUCAUACCCGUGGAGUGAGUGUAUAUUAAAAUAAUUAAGGAGGAAUGUAGAUUGUUGGAGGCGAUAUUUUGUACCAGUUUGGAAUGUUCCCGUAAGAUGUGAGAUUGGUUGGAAUGCAGGAAGCAGUAGCCCUCUCCAAUGGAGUUUGUAUGCCACUAGUUGGAUGUAAGUUGUGAUUGUCGGAACAUACAGGAUUCGUGGACGUGAGACAAUAUUCUCUGUAAUAAAGGCAGCUUUACAAGCAGGAUACAGAUCAAUUGACACUGCAGCUGUUUAUGGGAAUGAGAGUGACAUUGGGGAGGCUUUGCAGCAGUGUAUGCCUGAGUUAGGUCUUACAAGGAAAGACAUAUUUAUCACAUCUAAAUUGAAUCACUUCAUGAGAUCACUAAUCAAAGCUCAGGACAUUUAUUUGCAUUAUAAUAACUAUCUAGUCAUCUAAUAGCAAAAUCUUGAAAUAUUUUAUUUUUAGCUAAUAUAAACAUUCAUAAUGAGUGUAUCGGCAACUGCACUCAGGGAAAAGUCCCCUAGAUUUGAUACUGUGAAUAAGCUUAUAGAGGCACAGAUUAUCACUGAAAAAGAGCUGAAGGAGGUGCAAGAGAGGCUUGCUUCAGUACUCAGCCCAUAUGGUUUUGAGUGCCACCCUUUUAAAAUUGGUUGGUACAAUGAGCAGGUUGCAGAAUGCUUCCAUCUGCCAUACCACAGUGAUACCUUAUCAUUUAUUAUCAUUAGUACUCCAAGUAUGUUUGAGAAGGCAUUCAUUCCAUUCUUAAAAUUGAUGGACUGUGCAAGCAUUAACCGUGACCCCAUAGAUCAGUGCAUGAUCCAGUGCUUUUCUGCAAUAAAAGAGGCAUUCUCAAACACGAGUGUUGAGAUCAUACACGAUUUUGAGAUGACUCCAAACAGACGACCCAAAGUUUUGGUCCAGACAGCAGGACAUGUUGCUGGUGCUGUACGUUUCUAUCAGCGCAAGGACUUAACUUUUGACCCAUGGGAUCCCAAGAAAAAGGUGUUUGGUGUAUGUCUACAUCCAAGCUAUGGUGGCUGGUUUGCACUCCGUGGUGUUGCGAUUUUCACAACCCUCAAGUUCCCUCAACUGCCUAGACAGCAACCCAGUGAUAUACUGAAAACUGAAGAGGAGGUUGUUGAGCUGUUACAGCGCUACAAUGACAACUGGCAGGAUUGGACAUUCAGAGACAUUGCCAAUGUUAAGGAAAGAUAUUCUCAGGAACAGAAAGAAUACUUCAGUACCAAGCCUGGGGAGAGAAAGAAACUGAUUGAAAAGUACCACAGCAUUAAUUCAUAGUAGUGUAUAGGAUGGGAAAUCUAAACUUUUAAACAUGUUCAGAUAAUAAUAGUUAAACUGUACUGUAUUGUAUUCAGAUAGGCAGCACACAUUUAAUAUAGUGAAAUAGUUUAUCAGCUUCUGAAAUCUUUAAGAUCAUGUAUAGAUAAUCCUGUACAUAUUGUAAAAGUGUAGAAUGUCUAGCAUAGGGAAGCCUUUCCUUGUCCAUUGGUUGUACUAGCUGUAUACCACUGUAUAUUAGUACGAUGAUACUUCUCAUAUCCUAUAUGGUCCUAGACCGGUUCGGAAACACGGUUUCCGGACAUGUGGGACUAGACACUGGGCUCAAAUAACAGCCUCCCAGAUUUCACGGACCACAACUUUUCAAAUGGGCUGUGGACAGUGGAUGCUCCAAAUACUCCAAAAGUGUUUCGACACCUACCCUUGCUGCUGAACUUUUUGGUCUUGGAGGCAUUGGGUCGUCUUUGUCACUUUCGGAAUGUUCCGGGUGCAACACUGAUUCUGCAAUCUCUGCAUCUGUUAGAGACUGCACACCAGGGUCGUCUUUGUCACAUUAGCCAAUUGUGCAUGUAAUCAUCUGUAGUUUUUUUCCCAGCCUUGAGUAACUGGAAAUCUUUCAUCUCAAAUCCAUCAAUAUCAAUAACUGGAUUAAUUCCACGAAGAAGUAGAUUCCAGCCAUUGGCGAGAGUUGAUGGCGGGACAUUCCAGGCCUGGAUGAGGUUAUGAAUGACAACAUGCAAGUUGUACUUUUUAAGGUUGUCCAGGGUCAAGGCUCCCACAUCUCUGCCUUUUUCGUCAGUUACCACCAUCACAUCCUCCCAGAAUCUUUGGCGAUAUAGCCUCUUAAAAGCCACAAGUACACCUUGAUCCAUGGGUUGGAUGAGUGAUGUGGUAUUCGGUGGCAGGAACAUAACUCUGAUACGGCCAUGAUGAUCAACCAGUUCAGACAAGUGGGGAUGUGCAGGAGCAUUGUCAGGGAGAAAGAGAGCCUUAACACGGUUUCGACCCUUUCCCAGGGCCUGUUCGGAUAAUGGCAGGCCGGAUAUGCAAGGUAUCACUAUGUAUUAUUUACAGUGGACCCUUGGUUUUUGUGAUUAAUCCAUUCCAGAGAGUCUGCCGAAAACCAAAAUUCACUAACACCAUAACCUUUUUCCCCAUAAGAAAUAAUGUAAAUCCAAUUAAUCCAUUCCAGACACCCAAAAGUAUUAACCCUUUGACUGUUUCGGCAGUAUAUUUACGUCUUGCGAGCCAGUGUGUUUGACGUAUAUAUACUCAAAAAUUGUAGCAGCUUCAAAUCAAGCAGGAGAAAGCUGGUAGUCCCACAUGUGAGAGAAUGGGCCUGUGUGGUCAGUGUGCACCAUAUAAAAAAAAUCCUGCAGCACGCAGUGCUUAAUGAGAAAAAAAAAAUACAACCGUGUUUUUGGAUUAAAACGCCGACUUUGAAGUGUAUUUAGUAUAGUUUUAUGAUUAUAUUCUCAUUUUUGUAGUCACAUUUGAUAGAAUGGAAAACAUAUUAUAGAAAUAGAGGUGAUUUUGAUUGGUUUUACUAUGAAAAGGACCUUAAAAUAGAGCUCAAAGUAGGGGAAAUGUUUGAUUUUUGUUGAUGUUCAAGAGUAAACAAAUGUCAUUGUCUAAUAAAUGUUCAACUAGCCAUUCUAAUAUGCAGUCAUGAAUGGGUUGAUGUUAUUUAUACAAUUAUUACAAUAUUGCAAUAGUCUGCAUAACAGUAAAUCUUCUAUUUUUUGUUUGAAUAAAAAUUCAAAAUAGAAAGCAAGAGUAAUAUCAGAGGGGCCUGGAGACGUGACUGAUGAACAAGGAAAAUGUUAUUUUAGAGCCGGGAAUGUCUGCAUUGUUCAUUCUGGACCCUAUUUUGAAAUUGGCAUAUUUUUUAAUUUGCAUGAAAUUGGCCAAAUUGCCAAUUUCUGAUCACUUUAUUGGGUAGUUGAAAUUGGUAAAUGGGCAGUUUCUCAUACUCAGUCAAUAGAACAAAUGGAGUUCUAAAGAAAUAGUUACGAGUUUGGUUGACUGGAACAAUGGAAUUAGCUGAAAAUAGGGCUCAGAGUGGGGGAAAUCGCCGAUUCGUAAAUAUUGCUGAGGUCGCUAACUUCACGAGAGCGUAAUUCCAUAAGUUUUCCAUCAAAUUUCAUUCUUUUGGUGUCAUUACCUUCGGCUAAAGAUUCUCUAUCAUAAGUUUUUUUUUUUUUCUCGACACCAGGAGACACCUCAGGAUUUGGGUUUUCAACAGUCGAGGGGUUAAUCGCUGAAGAAGGCACCUUCUCCCCUCUCUCUCUUCCUCCUCCCCUGGAGCAGUUUCCUCAGCUGUGGUCUGUUGCUCUUGCAGCGGUUAGCUCCUCACUGUGGUCCUCCACCAACUCUUCCACAUCCUGGUCACUCACGUCCAACCCCAUGGAAUUCCCCAAUACCACAAUACAUUCCACAACAUUCUUUACCAAAGGGCUGGCACUAUGAGCUUUCUUUGGGCCCAUGGUGGCUUGUUUAGCAUUUGCAAGCACAAAAAAAAUGGAUUAUUAAGAAAUGUUUCAUAUGAACGUGGAGGGUGAUGCUCACUCGCCGAGAAACAGUGGCAGACUGAUUCUUGAAUGCGUCUGUGUGAGGCUUUGUGUGCGUAGGGCCACUGGGACACGUACCAUACGACCACCGAAAUCCAAGGGAAAUCACGUAAACAAAGUGUGUUUUGACAAAAAAAAGUUGCUGAUAACCAAAAUUCACGAAAACUGAGACUCAAGAAAACCGAGGGUCCACUGUAUUUUGAAGCGCUGCUUUAUUAUUAUUGUUGUUUAUUUUGAAGAAUACCA